AGGGUCUGGGAGAGCGGAUAUAGUGAAUGCAGGGUCUGGGGAGAGCGGAUAUAGUGAAUGCAGGGUCCGGGAGAGCGGAUAUAGUGAAUGCAGGGUCCGGGGAGAGCGGAUAUAGUGAAUGCAGGGGUCCGGGGAGAGCGGAUAUAGUGAAUGCAGGGUCCGGGGAGAGCGGAUAUAGUGAAUGUCAGGGUCCGGGGAGAGCGGAUAUAGUGAAUGCAGGGUCCGGGGAGAGCAGAUAUAGUGAAUGCGGGGUCCGGGGAGAGCAGAUAUAGUGAAUGCGGGGUCCGGGGAGAGCAGAUAUAGUGAAUGCGGGGUCCGGGGAGAGCGGAUAUAGUGAAUGCGGGGUCCGGGGAGAGCAGAUAUAGUGAAUGCAGGGUCCGGGGAGACCGGAUAUAGUGAAUGCAGGGGUCCGGGGAGAGCAGAUAUAGUGAAUGCGGGGUCCGGGGAGAGCGGA